AUGGUUUCGUCGUACGCACAUCCGAACAUACCGAUCCUACCACGAAAUGGAAUGAUCCGCACAUAUGACAAUCAAGACAGGACAUUUAAACGACCAUAUUCAGCGAAAACAGUAUUCUUCUAUAAGGAAGGUGACGAGUAUUUCACGGGUAUUCGCGUUCCUAUAUCGAAGAGUCGUUACCGUAAUAUUGAAAGUUUAUUGGACGAUCUUAACACGAAUAUACAAAUGCCAUUUGGUGUUCGUCGCCUCACCACUCCAAUGGGACGAAAUUCAAUUCAUGAAAUCGAUGAUUUACAACAUUUGGGAAAAUACGUCGCCACAUCGUCGAAAUACAGUCGCGGUAUCAACCUCUCCGCUUUGGAACGAUUGAAAAAGGCACGUGAUCAGGCACAUCAAAGCCUACAUCGACAAAAUCCUGGUGGCCAAUCGUUUUGGAUCCCCACAUCUCCUUCCUAUAAGCAAAAACUAAGGAUGAGCCGAGCACUAGGAUUCAACGUCGUGCCCUCAAGACAGGUAUUUUUUGUCCUAAACGGUAAGGGACGUUUCUACCGUACUCUUUUAAAUCCUAUGAGAUUACCGUCGAUGGAGGUUUUGUUACAUGAAGUCAGUGACGGUUUACAGGCGGCAAUUUUUCGUCUAUACUCCAUGGAUGGCGUGAGAAUCCUAAACGUUAGCGCUAUUUUGAACCUCUCACCACCGAAAAUCAUUGCUUGUACGAGAAUCGAACGACCUUACCUGGGAACUACUAUGCUCCCAAACAUUGAUAUUCAUCGAUAUAUUAGCAAGACUAACAAAUCAGCUUCCGAAAAUUCGGACACAACGUCAAGUUCAGUGAACGAGAACGGUAUCGACAAAAAACCACGUUCCUAUCACAGUGCAAUCAAAAGAAACAUCCGGAAAACGACCGGCGCACUUCGACAGAACCCUAUCAAAGCAUUACCAGUGAUUCCACAGCCACAACAGAAGACGGUGUCCGCGUAUAAAACAGAUGAUAGCGAUUCAGGCAAGGCUAACUCGAUCAGCAGUCGACUAACGGACACACCUAAAAUGGACGAGGAACACGAAUUUUCUUUCAACGAAGAACUCGAGAAAACUCUUCGAGAAGCGGAAAAACGUCUUAUUCCUGAAGACGAUGAGACUUCGGAGGAAUCGCCGAAAUCCACGCCAAAUGUGGACAGUGGUCGGGAGAACAGCAACACUUCAAGAAGCAGAGAAGAUGAAGAGACGCGACCAUCCACUUCUAAAACAGCAGAAAACUCAUCUUCAAGGAGGAGUGUGUUGUCAGAAGCAAAGAAAGCGGAGAUGAUAAGGAAAGAAAAACAGGAAGGAGAGAGUGAUGAGGAGGACUUUAUACGGGAUGAUGACACCGAUCCACUUGCUGAAAUAUAUUCGGAAAGCGAUAGAGAGGAGAACUUAGCUUCAGUUGCGGAGGGCGAUGGAAAUGAGGGAACUCAGCCGGUGGAUUCUCAAUCGCAAAAAGAAGAAAUACAGUCAUCUGUCAACGAAAAGCAGCAAAACAGACCAACAAUUGUUCGUGCAGGUACCUCAAGGUCAGAAUGUGAGGAAAAUCUGACUACUGAUGAUGAAGGUGAUGCGAAGAUACUUCCAUGCGAACGUCCAAGAGGAUCCGCAGACAGCGAUCGUGAACAGAUACUGCCAUCCGAUGAUGAAGCAGAAAAACCAUCGAUUAGCCGUCGUAUACAGACGUCACAAUCAAGCCGUGAACAGAUUUUACUGCCGGACGACGACACGACAGCUCGUGCCAAUCCGCAAAUUACUCGAACAUCCACAGCGCAAUCCAGAGAAGAGCAAAUCCUUCCAUCUGAUGGUGAAAUUGAGGAGGAAGCUGCGACAGCGCCACAGCGAUCAAUGACGCGAACAACUGCAAAUAGUGAUCGAGAAGAAAUUCUACCGUCAGAUGAUGAAGAAAUGAACGAACGCGAAAAAGCAGCGAUUAAGAUCCAAGCAGCUUUCCGAGGAUAUCACACCAGGAAGAGAUUGAAAGAAGUCCACUUCACGGACGCUCCAGCCAUCAUAGAAUCCGAAGGUCUGCCUGGUAAAGCUAUAGAAGUACCUGACGAAGGCAUGGUUCAAGGAGUAGUGGAGGGUCAAGAAAGAGUACCUGAUCCGGCCAUCACAUCACGUCAACCCACUCCCAUGCCAGGACACGAAAAAAAAAUGACUUACACAAUUUCCGUAACCACUGGAAAUCGAUGGGGAGCAGAGACAGAAGCGGAUCUGUACGUACAAUUAUUUGGAGAUGAACAAACAAGUCGAAAAUUCUACUUGAAGCAGGAAGGUGACUGGUUGCAGAGUGGAGAGACACGAUUUCGACAACGUCAUAUGGACUCGUUUCACGUGGAAACCGAAUAUCUUGGCACCAUCAAUCAAAUCCUUAUAGGACACGAACAAGAGGGAUACGGUGCCGGAAUUUUCAUCGAUUACGUUCUGAUUACGGAAAAUGUGAUGGAAGCUCGUCAAUACGUUUGUUACUGCUCGAAAUGGUUCGAUAGCGGUCAGGUGGAUGGAAAAAUCGAAAGGAUUCUUCACGUUGCAGCAUUUUACUACCUAAACAGUAUACCGGAUGAGGCGAUGACCACACAAGCCCGAUGGGAAUUCAUACUGCACAAUGGGAGAGAAGACGGAACCGGUGGCACCACUUCAAAUUUGCAAAUUGUUGGUUACGGUACUACCGGAAGUUCCGUAAUGCAAGUUUGCAACGAUAAAACUAUGUACAAUGUUCCAGACACCACAUUGAUACAGGUCGACUUCGGCGCUAUAGGCGAUCUACUGAAAGUACGGUUUGAAGUGGAUGGAGCUGGCGAUCAGCCAGAUUUCUUCUUGGAAUGGGUGGAACUGCGAGAUCUGGACACGGAUGAACGAAUUGCAGUAAGAAUUGGAAAAUGGAUGGAUUUCACCGGGAAGCGCACGAAAAAACCACAAGCUUUCAGAGAAAUAAGCGUAUUUCGGUCUGGAGAUCAGCCGUUGGAAAUACUACACUACGAAGGGAAGGUAUACGGUGGUGACAUGCGCCUUCUGAAGGAUAACACGCUGCAAGCUCAGUUAGUCGGCGAAUUUAGCGAUAGUGGUGUCUUUCCGCUGAAGUACAACGCGAAUAAGAAGGAAUACUCAUUCAAAGUCGAAUGUGUUCAUCUUGGCCGCAUCAACUGCAUCAAAGUGAUUGGGAACUUUUCGGAAAAAGGACAAGCAAUCCUUGAGGGUUUCGCUGUACUGCAGGAUAUUUGGGAUAAACACGUUGGAAGUGUGGAAACGGCAGGAAAUAUUUUGGCUAUUUCUGCCCAUGUUCGAGAGUCUACACAUUGCCCGUACCGCUACAUACUUCGAGAAAGUAAAAUUCGUGAGCUGGAAGAGGACAAGUCCUAUUUUAAGGUCUUAACAUUUAGCGAUAUGGAAGGUCUCAGUACACGGAAUAAGAAGCAAAAUCUGACCUCAGACAAUGAUGACUGGGUAUUAACGAUGUCGAUCGAGGGACCAAGCGAUAUUAUGCCUGAGGUCUCGCUAUGCUCCGGAUAUGAGGCCUAUCCAAUGAACUACCAGCCUGAUGAAUCUAGUGAUAAGCAUUACACCUAUGAGAUGAAAGGUCCCAGCAUUGGACCUCUUCAGAAGCUACGAAUCGGCUUGGGUCAACUAGAACGUACAGAGCAUCUUUAUAUCAAAAAAAUGCGAUUAGCAAAUCAAGCCACUAGGACAAUUCUUCGGUUCCCAAGUGUGGACACAGAAUUUGAAAGUCAUCAAGUGUACGAGUUCUCACCAGUCUAUCCAGAUAUUCAACCAACGCUCAAUAUUCUAUACACUAUCACAAUUACAACCGCUAGCAGUUCUGGAACAUUCCGUCCCGCAUUUAACCUAAUUGGUGAGGAAGGACAAAGUGGAUCGAGGAAAUUAUCCGAUAUAAUAAAGUUUGAGGAAGGAUCGCGUCACGAAUUCGACGUGGAUGCAGUGAAUCUUGGGCCAUUACGAGAGCUUGAAAUAAUCAUCGAAGGAGAAGAGGGUUCAUCAUGGUCCGUCGAGGUUGGUAUAGCCGACAACGGUGUGCACUAUGUUACCGAAACGGCCAAUAUACCUGGACCUGGACAACUCGUCCGACUGUCUCUUCAACAACGAUGA